AUGUAUCCGAAAGGUCGAGCCCCAACGUACCGGUAUAUAUGCUCCAUCCAGCUCCCGGUGCAAUUCUUCGUGAACCUUGUCGGAUGCCGCUUGGACCAAAGCGAGCCCCAGGUCGUCCUGUCACACCCUGACCAAGUUAGUUCUGAGAACCACCUGUAUGUCCGAUCCAACACCAUCAAGCUGACGAGAUCAUCUCCACACUUGAAUGUCUUUGCUAGCGCAUUCGGAUUCACUCUCAUCUACGAAUGCACACAAAACAAAUGCGGCGGUUACGACUCCCGUAUCCCCGCUUCUACAUUCUCUUCUCCUGUCUUGCAGCGCACAGCGAUGCCCACGCUGCCAAUCAUUGACUGA